CACACCUAAACGCGAGUAACCAAAACCACUCCGAAGCUGGCCUAUAGUCCGAAGCGAGCCAUGGCGGAGCUCCGCCACUCUACCUCCAUCGGCGGCAGAGCAACACCGUCACCUAGAAAACGCGAUGACGUCACUUCACCUCUCUCCUCCGACAAUCAUCCUCUCCGCGACGACGACGACGACGGCGAUCGAGAUCGUCACCAUCGAGAUCGGUUCCGUUCACUCUUCUCAAAUCACUUUCAGUUACUAGAUGACAGUGCUAGGGUUUAUUCGAACAACUUCAAGAUCUUGUUGUUCUUCAUCACUGUUCUCGCAUUUGCUGGCAUGUUUACCGUUUAUUCCGUCAUUAGUCAUCUCAAUGCCCCAUACAUGUGCACGAAAGAAGGCAUUACACUUCAUUGCCCUCGUGUCAAGGAACCCCCUUCGUUGUGGGAGAAUCCAUUAGCGGCCACCACUUCUUGGAAGCCAUGUGCUGAAAAACGCAUUGGUGCAAUUUCAGAUCUUCCUGAGGCAAAUGAAACAAAUGGAUAUAUUUUUAUUCAUGCUGAGGGUGGGCUAAAUCAGCAAAGAAUUGCGAUAUGCAAUGCCGUUGCUGUUGCCAAAAUCAUGAAUGCCACUCUUAUUUUGCCUGUGUUAAAGCAAGACCAGAUCUGGAAGGACCAAACAAAAUUUGAGGACAUAUUUGAUGUGGACCAUUUCAUUGACUACUUGAAGGACGAUGUGCGAAUUGUUCGUGAUAUUCCAUCAUGGUUUACUGACAAGUCGGAGCUUUUCACAAGCAUAAGACGGACGGUGAAAAACAUCCCCAAAUACGCACCAGCACAAUUCUACAUUGACAAUGUCUUGCCACGGAUUAAAGAGAAGAAGAUAAUGUCAUUAAAACCUUUUGUUGAUCGACUUGGCUAUGAUAACGCCCCUCAAGAAAUCAACAGAUUAAGGUGCAGGGUUAACUAUCAUGCUCUCAAGUUUCUUCCCGAGAUUGAUGAAAUGGCUGAUCAACUUGUAGCAAGGAUGAGGAAUCGAACCGGCAGCCCAAAUCCUUUUAUGGCUCUUCAUCUUAGAUUUGAAAAAGGGAUGGUAGGACUUUCGUUUUGUGACUUUGUGGGGACAAGAGCAGAGAAAGCUUUGAUGGGAUUAUACAGGUUAAAAGAAUGGCCUAGGCGUUUCAAGGAUGGUUCACAUUUAUGGCCUCUGGCCCUACAAAAAAGGAAAGAAGGACGGUGCCCUCUUGAGCCCGGUGAAGUGGCGGUGAUGCUCCGGGCAAUGGGCUAUCCAAAAGAGACUCAAAUAUAUGUUGCUUCUGGUCAGGUUUAUGGUGGACAGAACCGAAUGGCACCGCUUAGGAACAUGUUCCCUAAUCUUGUAACGAAGGAAGAGCUAACAACAAAAGACGAAUUAGACAGCUUCAGAAAGCACGUCACAAGCUUGGCUGCAUUGGAUUUCUUGGUAUGCUUGAAAUCAGAUGUUUUUGUAAUGACUCAUGGAGGCAACUUUGCAAAACUAAUAAUCGGUGCAAGAAGGUACAUGGGCCACCACCAAAAAUCCAUAAAGCCCGAUAAAGGCCUGCUUUCGAAAUCUUUAGGAGACCCAUACAUGGGUUGGGCUACAUUCGUUGAAGACGUUGUCAUCACCCACCAAACGCGCACCGGACUUCCAGAAGCAACGUUUCCAAACUACGACAUAUGGGAGAACCCGUUAACACCUUGCAUGUGCAAAGCUUGAUUAUAAUUUGUGGAUUAGCAAUCAAUGUUGGUGUAAAUUAAAUUAGAGAAAAGUGAUGAAAAGGAAAUCUAGCUCUUUUAUAUAGAGGGGGAUUUACCUUUUGAACUAACCAUUGUUCUUGUGAAAGUGUCAAAAUGGCAUACAUUUUGCAAGAAAGAGUGAUUUUGGUUGAUUAACGAUUAUACAAAGAACUGUGAUAAUCGUUAUUUCUUGUAAUAGACGGUAUGGUGGUUUAAAAGGUUGAUCGCCCCUUGUUUGUUGUAUCUUGACUGUGUCUUAUUAUUUUGUAAAAUUCAUAAAGUGUUCACAGA